AUGCUGGUUAUCCUCUUGAACUGCGUCACCCUCGGGAUGUUCCAGCCAUGUCAGGAUAUCAGGUGCCAAACGGAACGGUGCACGAUCCUGGAGGCAUUUGAUCACUUCAUCUUUGCCUUCUUUGCUGUGGAGAUGAUCAUCAAGAUGAUCGCCCUGGGGAUCUUUGGCCACAAAUGUUAUCUAGGAGACACCUGGAACCGCCUCGACUUCUUCAUUGUCAUUGCUGGCAUGAUGGAAUAUUCUCUGGAUGGACAUAAUGUCAGCCUUUCAGCCAUCCGGACUGUGCGGGUUCUCAGGCCCUUACGAGCCAUUAACAGGGUGCCAAGUAUGCGCAUUCUUGUCACCCUGCUCCUAGACACUCUGCCUAUGUUAGGCAACGUUCUUCUCUUGUGUUUCUUUGUCUUUUUCAUCUUUGGCAUCGUGGGUGUCCAGCUGUGGGCCGGGCUGCUGAGGAACAGGUGUUUCCUGGAUUCCCACAUUCAAAGCAUUAUGGCAUGCAAGAAAGCUGCAGUCGGGCAAAUCCUGGUCUUAUUGCUGGUCUACAUCUGCUGGCUGGGGAUUAUGGGAGCUGUAGGUCCAUGCCAUCCAGAGAUCCAAGGUUUCAAUGACUAUUACAAGUAUUUCUUUCUGUUAUCGGAUAACAACGGCUAUGAAAUUUAUAUAAUGGCCCUUCUG